UCAUGCUGCUGCCAAGGUCCAGAGUCUGUCAUGGGUCCCUGUACGGCCUCCCAUUGCUGCUGUCUCCAUCGCCACACUCUGCCAUGUGCCACUUUCAGGUCUCCUCACACUGCUGGUGUGUUCCAUUUUUUGUCAUAGGGUGCUGGCAGAUUACGGGCCUCCCAUAGCUGCUGCCAGGCCCCUAAUCUGCCAUGGGCCCCUAUACCGCCUCCUCAUGCUGCUGCCAAGUCCAGAGUCUCUCAUGGGUCCCUGUACAGCCUCCCAUUGCUGCUGUCUCCAUCGCCACACUCUGCCAUGUGCCACUUUCAGGUCUCCUCACACUGCUGGUGUGUUCCAUUUUUUGUC